AUGAAUCCUUCCUUCUUUCUUUGGCAUGAUGCUGAACUUGUAGACAUAAUUGUUAGCCGCGUCAAGACAUUACUGGACUAUAAAGACUUGUUUAUUACCGAAUAUCCAGUUGGAUUAGAGUCCCGCGUGGAAGACGUGAUUAAAUGUAUUGAAAAUGAAUCCAGCAAAGUGUGUAUGAUAGGAAUAUGGGGAAUUGGAGGAUCAGGUAAAACAACCAUAGCCAAAGCCAUCUAUAAUCGAAUUUAUCGUCAAUUCAUUGGUAAGAGUUUUAUUGAGUUUAAUCGUUAUCAAGGCCAUGUUGCUUUGCAACAAAAUCUUCUUUCUAAUGUCCUAAAAUCCAAGUUGAAGGUGGCAAGCGUUGAGAUUGGAAGAACUAUGGUCCAGAAUGGAUUUUCUCGAAAAAAGUUCCUCCUUGUGCUUGAUGACGUGAAUAGCUCUGGCCAAUUUGAAAACCUAUACGGGAGUUAUAGAUGGUUCGGUCAAGGCUCUGUGAUAAUAAUUACAAGUAGAAAUGUUAGCCUGCUGAACCGACUCGAAGUUAAUUAUGUUUAUCAAACGCAUCCUUUGAACGAAAAUGAGUCACUUGAGCUUUUUAGUUGGCAUGCCUUUAAAGAAGCAAAACCAAGAAAAGAAUGGAGUUUACUCGCAAGAAACGUCGUUGUUUAUUGUGGAGGACUACCGCUAACUCUUCAAUUCCUUGGUUCUUAUUUAUAUGAUAGGACAAUAGAAGUGUGGGAAAGUGUAUUGUUGAAACUACAAAGAAUUCCCCCGGAUGAACUUCUGAGCGUAUUAAAAAUAUGUUUUGAAGAUUUACGUGAUACGGAAAAGGAUAUAUUUCUGGAUGUAUGUUGUUUCUUUGUUGGCAAAGAAAGAGACUAUGUGACAGAGAUAUUAAAUGACUGUGGACUACAUGCUGAUAUUGGAAUAACAGUUCUCAUACAGCGUGGCCUCAUAAAAGUUGAAAGGAACAACAAACUUCAAGUGCAUCCUUUGUUACAACACAUGGGAAGAGAAAUUAUUCGUCAAGAAUGCCCAGAGAAACCGGGAAAAAGGAGUCGAUUGUGGUUUCAGGAUGACGUAAAAGAUGUACUGAUACAUAAUACUGGGACGGAAGCUAUCAAGGGAUUGUCCCUGAAACUGCAUUCAACAAGCAGAGAUUGCUUCAAAGCUCAUUCUUUCAAGAAAAUGAAGAGACUAAGACUGCUACAACUUGAUCAUGGACAACUUAGUGGAGACUAUGGACACAUUUCUGAACAACUGAGAUGUAUUUGUUGGCGGGGGUUUCCAUAUAAACACAUUCCAAGCAACUUUCAUUUGCAAAAUGUAAUUGCAAUGGAUUUAAAGCAUAGUCAUCUUCAACUCCUCUGGAAACAACCCCAGGUUUUGGAGCGGUUAAAAUUCCUUAAUCUUAGUCACUCCAAAUACCUGAUACAAACACCUGACUUUUCAGGACUACCAAGUCUUGAACAGCUCAUUCUAAAAGAUUGUCCAAGUUUGCUCAAGGUACACCAAUCCAUUGCUGAUCUCUCCAAUAUAGUAUUGAUAAAUUUGAAGGAUUGCACAAGUCUAAGCUAUCUCCCAAGAGAGAUAUAUAAGUUGACAUCUUUAAAAACUCUCAUCCUAUCUGGUUGUUCGAAGCUUAGGCCAUUGGAAAAGAUAUAA